AUGCACCUGAACUCAACGCCCGAUUCUUAUUCUCUUGAACAGUCUCCCCGGCCCAUCGCCACCCCAAUGAGCACUCUGCAACGUGCCAUGAGCACCACAGACGGACAGGCCAGCCAACGUGUUCGUGGAAGCUCCAUGAGUCGCGCUGCUUCACGCCAAGGUCUCGGCACCAGUCUCCUGCUGAACACGGCCUCUGACGUGAACCCCUCGCAGGCUGUUGCCUCGGUGCCACCACAGCAACCGCCGGUGGCAACCGUGCUAUUUGAGGUGCCGCGACCACCGGCGAUUGUGCCGUGCAGCAACGAGGAGGUCCGUGUUACCGUCGGUCUGCUGGACAUUCAACCGCAGUACGACUACGUUACAGUGCCCAAACGCUCGCUCUCCACCUUCUUGAAGGCCAACGCCAAGAACACGAGCAAUUUCUACAUUCUGCCCGGGCCGACAAAUAUAUACUCGGACAACACUUUUAUUGGCAAGGUGAGCGGGCUGGGUGUAUCCGUGAUUCAAAAUAACAAAAGAAACAGUCUGGCGCUGUCCUUUCCUAAGAGCAGUGCUUCAUGGGGGGCCUUCUUCCAUCUGGAAGACUUUCUGAGUCUAGAUUUUUUUGAAUUAGACGCCGAAUGCGGACUCCCCCCCCCCUGAAAGAGGUGGUCGCGCGCUAAAUUCCCACCCCCUACCUUUGUUAGUUAGCCGGAUGAAACCUGAAGCGAAUAAACUGUAUGCAGCUGACAGACUGAGAACUAAAACAAAUUUACUGUCUCGCUGUACGAAACAGGAAAAAUUGGUCGCAGAGGUGUUCUGAGUACAGUAGGUGUUUUGACUCAUGAAAUUUCAACCGAAAGUCUGAAAUGCGUUUUCGUUUCGAAAAGAUUACUUAAGUAGUGUUUUAAAACUAAUCAUCAUGCAAAAUAAUUAAAAAAAUAAUUCAGUUACCUCAAGAUGCAGGCCUUCGAACAAACACGUUUUCGGCCGCCUCCAAAAACCACACUCGGGAAAACUGACUGCUCACGUAGCAUGCAGUUGAUGUCCUUAAUAAUUCAAUUAUAUUUCAUGCCGGCCUUUCAAAGAGCUUUUUCUACGGCCGAAUGCAAAAAGCACGCAAUGUAAAAAAUGACUGCAUACAUAACGGGGAUUUUUCUCAUUGAUUUUCGAUAGCUUUAAAAAUUCGAUUAUUUUUCGUGGAAGACGUGUAUGAAGAUAUUUAUUCUUUUGUUCAUUUGGUUAAAAAAUGCGCGUUCUUCCAACGUUAUACUCCGGGAAAGGGUAUAAUUCGGUUUUGAAAACUUUUCCAAUUCCCGAAUCAUGUUAAAUCUGACCUGUCGUUACUCUCGCAUCCAGGGUUAAAAAACUACAAACCAUAUACUUUCUGCGUACGGAAAACCAUAUAUUUCUCUACGGUAUUAAGAGGAGACCAUAUGGGGUCUGUUCACUUUAGUAGUGGAUUUGAGCCAUAUUGUAACCUUGACAAGCGACACUAGUAAAUGUAGAGGCUCGAUGUUUUAUGAACGGGCAUUUCACGCUAGUAAAACAUCCCAUAAUUAGAAACUUCUAUAAAACCGAAUUACAUCAUUCCUUCGAGUUUAAAAUCGGAAGACGGCGUAACUUCUACCGAGUGAGUAUGAGAGUGAAUACUUAUUCAUUUUCACCAUGAAAUAUAAUUGAAUUUUUAAGCGCAUGAAAAAUUAACGGGACAAUUUCAUGCUACUUAAGUAGCCAUGUUUUCACAGUGUGGUCUUUGCAUGUGGCCGGAAAGAGGUUUGUUCGAAAGCCAGCAUCUUUGGGUAAUUGAAUUAUUGUAGAAUUAUGCUUCAUGAUUAUUAAGUAAUCUUUUUGAAACAACCACACAUUUCAGGCUUUCGGUUAACAUUUCAUGGGUUAGCACACCUAUUGUAGACGAAGUCGUAUUCUGCAAACUGCCUUAUCUGUAUUUACUUCCGUGCGUAUUCAGUGGUUCCCACCACGAAGUCGCCAGCUCUCACAGCUGCCGGCUGUUUUGAAAAUGAAUGCGAUGGCCGUGUCUGCCGUUUUUAAGCAUAAAGACGCAACGAUGCGUGGACGGAACCUACAGGGUCCGCAAACAAAGAACAGGACUGCGACCUCGAGUAAUUGGCGGCCGGACUUAGCUUGCGAAUUAUGACUUGAAUGACAAAAAGCAAAGUUCCCUCCAGAUACCGGAAAUAGCUUACGAAUUCUGAUUUGAAUUAUAAGAAGACGUGUUUCCGCAAGAUCCUCUUUACGAAAAAAGAACACUCGUUCAGCUCUACGGGGAGGGGGAAUUCAUCUGAGUGUUUAGACGCCCGGAGACGACUAGAACCGCUACCUAGGUUUUCUGACCUGCUGCAGGCAGACUCAGAAGAAUGUAGGGAGUGAGUACGUUAGGCUCUUUUAGCCAGAGCAUAAAGCAGGGCGCUGAUAUUCAUCUGGGAAACAGAUUUUUAAAUAAAUGGGAACUUUAAACCUCGUCAAGCGCCGUCUUAAACAACGCGAAAAACGCAACUCCUUCUCUUCUAUUCGCAGUCUCCCGAAUGAAGCUCGCUAUGUGUUAUAGGAAUAGCGAUUACCUGCCGGACGUUGCAGGCUGUUAAUUUAAAGCGCUCACACUGUCGCGAGACUUUGGCCUCCCAAUGUGCUCUUAACUGACGUUUUUUUCACAACUUUUUAGUCUGACCUGCAUUCAGUCGCGCCGGGAGAGGAUUUCAGUUGCAAUCUGGGCGCGGAGUCAGGCAUUGAGGUCAUCUACCGGCCAAUGUUCAAGGCGAAGGAGGUCGGCUCUGGUAGCAGCCAAAAGGCAUCUGUCACAUUCAAGCAGAUUAUUGAUGUUCACAACACCUUCCAGCGUCCGGUCAAAGUGACAGUUGUGGAUCAACUGCCUGCCAGUGGGGAGGACAAGAUUAAAGUACGAAGCUGUUAAGUUUUUAGUCAAAGACAUUUUUCUUAGCUUUUUUGCCCUACGUAAACUAAAUUUUGUUCGCAGCACGUCCGCUAAACAGAAAAAUCGAUGUCAAUCUACGCGGAGGUCCUACGUAUCCAUGUUCAGGUGUUUAUUAAUGCCCGCCCCCGCAAAACCACGUUGGCCCAUUCUGUGGCAGUAAUUAGCACCCGGAAUCACCUGUCCAUAGGGAAAGAGUGCUUUUUGAAGAUAUCCUGUUGUUGCAAAUAAAGCAACAAGACAAAUAUUUAUGCACACGAUAUGUAGAACGCGUCAACUGACUUUCCAUCACCCACUUUGGUCAACCUGCUGUACUGGUUGGUUGUACACUGUAAAAUGGCCUUGGUUUCUUGCUUACCGAUAUGUGUGUCAUUUGUGCUUUCUGGCUUCAAUCGAUCCUUGUCGAUCCGCCUGUCUGGUAUAUUGGACGACUUAAUGAUCGCAGUUUUUGAAUGAGCCCUUACAUUUUCUAAAUGCCCAGCCUGUCAGGGAAUUUAGUUUAGUACGAAUUGAGUUUUCCGAGUGCGCUGGAAGGAAGGAUGAACUUCGGGCUGCCAGUCCUCAUAACGUCUUGCUAUUCGUUAAGUAUAAGUUAGCACCGAUAACGGGCCCUAGGUUCCAUUCUGCUUCUGGAAUUUUGAUGCAAAGCAGUUAUCAGUGAACAGGAAAUUAAUGGCAAACUCUCAAAUUCGAACUUAGGCCCCGAAAAAGUGCUUCCUGCCAAGGAGUUCAGCUGCACCACCAACUGGAUCCUCGGAGGGAUCCAGUUGGUUUUGACCGUGUUGAGGUUGUACCCGGAUGCUGGCUGACUGAUUUCGACCGCGCUGAGGAUGUCGUCUUGAUAGCAUCAAACUUUCGUGAUUUUCGGUAUAUUUUGUCACGGGUGAAUGGAGUCGCGAUAUCCGCCAGUUUACCCAUAAACGCUGGGAAGACCACAAUGUUUUCAAGCUGCAUCCCCGAGUAGGAGAGGGCAACACUCGAGGUUCGUGGCUGUCAAUUUGAAGAGGCAAACCGUUUCAAAUAUCCCAAGGCAGAGCAAUGACGACAGUGGUCCCCGAAGCGAUGCCGCCCAAGGAGCCUUCUGAAGUCUUAGAUCCGACUUGACAUCUCCAUCGCCUCGAGGGCCCUCGUGUGCCGUGCGUCCGUUCGAGCAGCCAUUCUCUACGGUUUUGAAUGCUGGUCUGUGCACGUAGAAGAUUGAUAAAAACUGGAAGUACAUGACCACUGCUGCCCGAGGGCCAUCCUUCGAACGAAACGCACCGACUUUGCCUCAAAUGAGGCUGUCCGCACUCGCCGCUGUGACAAAAUCGCCGCCAUAUCUCAGUCCAUUUAAAAAACAGAUGACUAAGGUGGUUUGAGCACAUUCUAAGUCGUCUGCCGUAGGAGAUCAAGGUUGCUGCCCUCGACCCGAUGCCGGAGGUCAACUUAAAACCUGACUGGACGGAGUUCCUCAAGAUAUGGAAGUGGUUUCAGGCCCCGCGUUAUUCACCAUCCGUUGCUGAAGGAGAGAAUGGCUUGCGCUGUCUAGAUCCGCUACCGCGAAUUGUCACGCGUGGAGAAGUAUGAUCAUUAUCCUUAUCGUCUGCCAGUACACAUCAGUGGGAUUGUGACACUUUACUCGCGGACCACAUGGGUGCACUUAAACAGAAGCUACCUCACUGUUUCGUCCUUACUACCCGAACACACCUUGGCCCCCCAUCAAAUACGGUAAAUGUACCAGUUUUGCCUUGUGUAAAAAUGAUUUGUAACCAAGCAUAAUUUCGUUUUGUCCUCGCAGGUUAGCCUCUUAGAGCCUACUAUAAAGCAUCCGGAGAAGUAUGAUCGAUCGAAGCCCAUCAGGAUGAACAAGAAUAACAACAUCGAGUGGGACAUUGAGCUUCAUCCAGGUUAGUCUGAGAAUCUGCCUGCUGGAGUUCACCUACCUAUGCUGCAUGGGUUACCUGCAGUUUUACAUCUACGGUAGGCUUGUCAUUUGGGACCGACUUAUACCUACCCUCUCUACCUUGAAUGAGUCCUCCAGACUACUUGUGAUCCGUGAUAGGCGGACUCCGCGGGUUAUUUGUGUAGUGGGAACAGCAAUAGUGAAAUGCAAUGUCACGGCAUGCACGAAAGGAAGGCAGAUGAGACCCCGUCCUUCCGCUACUUAAAUUCUCUCCUUGAGACAUAGUAGACCUCGCAUUGCACUCUAGGCCCUGCGUGUGUUCUUAUGUAGGCUGUAGUUUAACACAGAGCCAGCACAGCCUCGUAUGCUGUUUUUAUUAAUUCUAACCAUAUCACUGCAUUCGCAUUAUGCUACAAUUCAGAACAACGUCAACAUGUCGCAAGUGGUCCGAAGGGCUGAUCCGUAGGUAGGGGGGCAACUAUUAGCCGUUUCAACCACUCAAAUGAACUGCCGAUUUUUGAGCGAAUGUUUUUAGACAUCGUUCAGUAGACAAGUUGGUAAGAUGUGCUUAUGUAGCCACACCCGAUGGAGACAAUACUGUCGACCUACUUAAUUAUUUUGAGUUGGUGUGAUUACGUUAGCAUGGUGUUGCUGUGCGUUGCGGUGGGUGUUCUGUUGGGGAGGGGCUUGUUUCUCCGUUGACGUGUCUACAUUUUUCGGCCAAACGGCGGUGGUCCUUCUUGGAUUUCGGCCUAGCGUCUCCUUAUAAAUUUCGCGUUGAAUGUUUCAGGGUUAAGGUUUGGAGCUGCCGUUAAGGGUUAGGAGUUAGGUUUAGGGGUCAGGGCAUAGGGUUAGGGUUUGGGGAUAGAGUCAGUGGUUGGGGUUAGGGCAACUACCUCUCAACCGCCCAAAGUACAACCGCGCAUUCCCAAUAGCUUUUCUUUUGCAUGCAAUUACUCAACCUCGUCGCCUGUGCGCUCUCCGGCCCGACCUUUGAAUACUUCCAUUAGCACCGGUCCCGUAUUACAGGUGGCUGGUUUUUUUUUACCUCAGGUGCGCCCACAUAACCACAUCUGACCGACUUUUCUAACAGAAAAAGAGAGAAAAAUUCUCGUGCCCGGUCAUUUUUUAACAUCACUCAGUUGCCUGAGAGAAUGUGGACAAUUCACACGUGAGAAUUGGAUAACUACAUAUAAUUUCAAGAUUCUCUAGCUGCAAAACCUUCUUCAUGAAGCGAAUUUGAGCAGUUGUCUAUGUCAAGUGUUCAGAAUAAACGCCUAUUGUGGUCGGCCUUGAAAACGUCAUCCCGUCAAAUUUUUAAUGCCUAUCGGGGUUUGGGAAUAGGUCAUGUGAUCUGCCUCAUCGUCCGGCGGAAUGAGCAGUCAACAAUGAGAUUUAAGAAGAUACAUGGAAGUAAAUGAGAAGGGAACUGGACUGUCAAAAAGCCGAGCUUCAUGCGUCAUGUGUCCCGGAUGAAACGAGUACAGAAUGCAUUUUUGAAUAUUUUUCAGUUAUUGACUACGUUCUCAAAACGUUCUGGUUGACUAAAGUGCGCCUUUUCCUCCAAGGUGAGUCCAAGGAGCUUACCCUUCGCUUCUCCGUGGAGUAUCCAGCCGUGGAGGAGUUGGAGGUCUGCGUCUCGGAAGCCUAG